AUGGAAAUGACAACUUUAAUGUUCAAAUGGAUAAGGGCACUUUUCCGUGAAGGGAUAGCAAGCACGAAUUUGUACUUUUCACAAUUAAACGAAUCAUCGUACUACUUAAAACAAACUAUACGACCGCAUUUCAUAGCGCUAAUCUCAAAUUUCAAUGCAAUUAAUGAGUUCUCUUUAGCAACAAGUACCUUUGAUAUGUCGUCAGCUGUUUGGCUAGUGAUAUUCAUUUACAAAGAAAAUACUCUCAAUUAUUGUUACAAUCCAGCAGGUAAUAUAUUUCAUUUAACAUUCAACACUGAAAUGAUGGUUCGUUGUGGUACAGAAAAUAUUUUACGAGAAUGGUAUUCGAUCGAUACGAAUCAAAUUGAGAUCAAUGAUAUAGCUACUUGGAGUUUGGAGAAAGGAAUCACUAAAAUGGUUCCAGAUUUUAUUUACAAACGAAGAAAUAAUUUAAGGGGUAUAGUCAUGAGAGCUGUAAUAGUAAAGGAUUCAACAUUCAUAAACCUGAAAGAGGUUGGCCAAUUAGGUAGUACGUUCAAUGAACUACUAAGAGAAAUAUGUGCUGCUCUUAACUUCAGUUUUGACAUCGUCUCAGAAGUAAAAGAAUUUGGAAGAUGGAAUCCACAAGAAAAUACUUGGACUGGAGCAAUUGCAGAAUUAUAUGCAAGACGAGCAAACAUUUCUCUUGCUGGUUUUACUAUUACUGGAGAUAGAUUAAAUGCCGUUGACUUCACGCUUCCUCAUCUAAUCACCAAAAACUAUCUCUACAUUCGGAAAUCAGAACUAUUUACAGUUAAAUGGUCAUCUUAUUUUCUAACUUUCACAAAUUCUGUUUGGAUGGCUAUGUUUGGUGUAUUUAUUGUAGCAUGGAUUUUAUUGACUUUUCUCAAAAUGAAGUAUAGAACUGAUCGUAAAAUAAGAUAUUUAUUGAUCGAUAAUUUUAUGGAGAUAUGGAGUAUACUUUGUCAACAAGGACUUGCUGAUUUUUCUGGUAGAUCUUCUCUUCGAAUAACAUACCUCUCUCUAUUUCUUUUGGUUACUGUCUUUUGGGCAAGCUAUUCAGCUACUUUAAUAAGCAUUUUGACUUCAGUAAUCAACGUUUUACCAUUUCAUUCAUUCAGAAGCUUCGUUGCAGAUGGUACUUAUCAACUUGCUGUUCCUCGUGGUACAUUUUAUUAUGAUAAGUUUGCAGAUUCGAAAGAUCCGCUUGCAGAAAAGGUAAUGAAGUUGAUGUUAGAAGUAGAAGAAUUGCCCAGUAAUGAAUUUGAGGGAUUUAAAAUAGUCUGUGAAAAUCGGAAUCUAGCAAUGUACACGAGUGAUGAAUUGAACAGUAUAGGAAAUCUGAAGAUGCCAUGCGAUAUAAUUCGUAUUGAAACAGGACAUAGAAACAGUUUUGCUAUGGUUUUAUCUAAACACAAUCCAUUCACCAAUCUCAUCAAUUUUCACACUAGUUUGUUCUAG